UUCGGGCUGACAACUUAAUGAGCCUGUCCAGGUCUUCGUGGAAUCGUGGGAGCACCUAUGAGAUGAGAACACGUAGGAUUUGUAACGUGUAAUGUGGUCUCCAGUUUCUACCCGCCCACAGUAGUGGACCCUCCUAACGAACUACGCGCUUCUGAGUUCUGAUUUCCCACCAAACAUUAACCAAAUAUUAAUCAAACGAAACUAUACUUCAUAUCAAAAUUCAUAUUCCUUUCAUCUUAAUGACAUAUUUCUAUCUAUAUUACAAAUUAAAAAACCACAAUUAAUAUCAUCACUGCGAGCUGCGAGCUGCAACUCCAACUUCAGCUUCUGAUUUGGAUUCCAUUUCUGAAUUUUUUUUGUCCAUGUCAACGACGACGUCGUCGUCGUCGUUUCUUAAUGGAGAGAGAGCCGUUGUGCUAUUCUUCAUCGCUCAUAUACUCUUCUCUCUCCCUUUCUCUCUCUUACUCUCCCAUGGCGUCCCUCUUUCUCUACUCGCCCUCGCAGCCUCAUUCGUUGAGAUCAGCUACGACGCCGCCGCUUCUUCCUCUUCCCUCUUCCGCACCAGACGCGGUGCUUCUUCCGGAAUCCUCCUCGGCGCCGUGACUCUCCCUGCUCUUCUACUUUCCAAGUUGACGCAAUUAUCAAGAGGAUUCUCAUUGGCACAAGUUAGUCUUCAAGAGAUUCACUAUAUGACAUUGCAAUACUGGGCAACAUCUGCCACCAGCUUCGUGGUGCUCGUGUUCCUCAGUUUGUUUCUGUUGCACCGCACUCCUCUUUCGCGUAAGGAUUGGGGUUUAGGGUUUGGCUUGUGCUUCUUGUUCUUGCAAGCUUCACUGUGCUUUCUGGCACUUGCUUCUACCUCCUCCCAAAGUGGUUUGCAACUUGGAUUCAAGCUGUCAUGGGUCCUUGGUCAUGGAUUGGCAGCAGUGAUGCUACUUCAGCAUUUUCUUGGAACUUUUCCAUCUUGUGCUUCCAUUGGGGAAGCACUUUUGGUGACAGCUGGUAUUGUUCUCUAUUUUGGUGACAUGCUGUUGCUUACUGUUAUGAGGCGAUGUGGACUACUGAUGUCAUCAGAUUUGGUCACUGCAGAGUUUGAAACUAAUCGAAGUGAGAUAGGCAUUAUAAUUCAGGGACUGCUGCUUGGCCUUCUGCUAUAUCCAAUACCUUUCAAAUAUAUUCUUCGUGUAUGGGAGUGGUCCACAAAUACAGCUUCUGCUGAGUCAAGAAGAUACAGUGAGAUUAGGAGAUCAGUUAUUUUCAUUUCUCUCUUCGUAUUGGUCAUGGUUGGGAUUGUACCACUAUGGAUGCAGUUUGUGCAUGAAUUUCAUCUGCAUCCUAUUCUCUGGGUACUAUCGUUUGUUUUAUCAGAUUCAUUCAAAAGACUAUCAUUGUGUAUCUAUUGGGUUUGUGUAAUAUGUCUUUCUGUGUUAUAUGUCUAUGACAUCUCCAAGAACAGUAGGGUUGAGAGAAUUCUUCUGCGAAAAUACUACCAUCUAUUGGCUGUCUUGAUGUUUGUACCUGCUCUUAUCUUACAGCCAGAGUUUCUUGAUCUGGGCUUUGGUGCAGCUCUGGCAGUUUUCUUGACAUUAGAAAUUAUUCGAAUAUGGAGAAUCUGGCCUUUAGGACAACCAAUCCAUCAGUUUAUGAAUGCAUUCACUGAUCACCGUGAUUCUGAUUUUCUAAUUGUCAGCCACUUCUCACUUUUACUGGGAUGUGCACUUCCUAUUUGGUUGUCUUCUGGUUACAAUGAUCGACCCCUUGCUCCUUUUGCGGGAAUAUUGAGUCUAGGAAUUGGAGAUACAAUGGCAUCAUUAAUUGGGCACAAGUAUGGUGUUCUAAGGUGGAGUAAAACUGGCAAGAAAACAAUUGAAGGUACUGCAGCUGGUAUCACGUCUGUUCUAGCUUCUUGCUGGUUACUCCUUCUGUUGUUAGCAUCAAGUGGAUACAUUUUCACCCAGGUAUUAUUCUCUCUCUUCCUCUCUGACCGCUUUCCAUUGAGAUAA